CGUACUCCGAGCUUCUCACCGUGGCCGUGACUGCCCUUCAUCCGUCCACAUCCUGCCAGGCUCGACUUCCCUUAAGCACGCAGAAAUGGCCCUGCUCAAGUCUACCAAAGUGUUCGUCUGUUUGGGAAACAUUACCCCGUCACUCGGGGUAAUGUCCGCACGUAACAGCAGUUCCUGGUGGGGUGGAGUGCAGAUGGGCCCCCCUGAUCCUAUCCUGGGGGUGACUGAAGCCUUCAAGAGGGACACCAACCCCAAGAAGAUGAACCUCGGGGUGGGAGCUUACAGGGAUGACCAGGGCAAGCCCUUUGUCCUCAGCUGUGUUCGCAAGGCAGAGGCCUUGAUUGCAGCCAAACAGCUGGAUAAGGAAUAUCUUGCCAUUGGCGGUUUGGGAGAGUUUACCAAGGCUUGCGCCCAACUUGCUCUUGGCGCUGAUAAUGAAGUCUUGAAGAGUGGAAGGAAUAUCACUGUCCAGACCAUCUCCGGAACUGGAUCACUGCGUAUUGGAGCUAACUUUCUGUCUCGGUUCCAUGGUGGUUCUCGUGAUGUGUACUUGCCCAAACCCUCCUGGGGUAACCACACGCCCAUCUUCAGAGACGCUGGAAUGCAGCUCAAAGCUUACCGCUACUACGACCCCUCGACAUGUGGCUUUGAUUUCAACGGUGCUCUGGAGGACAUUUCUAAAAUCCCAGAGCAGAGUGUGAUUUUGUUGCACGCCUGUGCCCAUAACCCCACCGGUGUGGACCCCAGGCCCGAACAGUGGAAGGAGAUCUCUGACAUUGUGAAAAAGCGCAACUUGCUGGUGUUUUUCGACAUGGCCUAUCAGGGCUUCGCGAGUGGCGACAUUGAUCGCGACGCCUGGGCUGUGCGCUACUUUAUUGAGCAGGGCCACAACAUUGUGCUGUCCCAGUCCUUUGCUAAGAACAUGGGUCUCUAUGGUGAACGUGUGGGAGGCUUUAGUGUGGUGUGUAAGGAUAAUGAGGAGGCAAAGAGGGUGGAAUCCCAGCUCAAGAUCCUCAUCAGGCCCAUUUACUCCAACCCGCCAAUGAACGGUGCAAGAAUUGCCACCACUAUUCUUAACACGCCAGAUCUGCGCGCACUUUGGCUGGAGGAGGUCCACGGGAUGGCCAAUCGCAUCAUCAAGAUGAGAGAACAGCUAGCGGCCGGCCUGAAAAAGAACGGCUCCACCCACAACUGGCAGCAUGUCAUUGACCAGAUCGGCAUGUUCUGCUUCACCGGCCUCAAACCGGAACAGGUUGAACGCAUAACAAAAGAGUUUUCCGUGUACAUGACCAAGGAUGGCAGAAUCUCCAUGGCAGGCGUGACCUCCGGCAAUGUGGAAUACCUAGCCGAGGCCAUCCACGCCGUUUCAAAGUAGAGCACAUCCCGCUGGGAGAGUAGUAACAGCCUAGCGGCGGGCGAGGUUGAAGAGAUUUCAUACAUCACUUGCCACCUUUAUUCAUUUCUAGUAUACAGAUGGACAUUCAUCACCCCGCUGUUAAAGUGGUUUACUUUUUUCUUUUUUCCUUUCAAAACAAUUUCAUUAAAACAACAGAAUCCCCCUGCUAAACUGUUCAAAUGAUCCAAUGUAUUCACUUUGGGCUGACCGAGAUACCUAUUGUCAUCUUAUUUAUUGUAUGAAACAAAACCGACUGCUGUUUUGGCUCACACAUUUCCAAACCCUCAAGGUACUAUUUAGAUUUUAGACAAUAAUUUCAAGUCCAAGUGAAGGUCUGUAUUGGUUUGCAAAAGCAUGUGUAAAUGUGUCCCCUUUUUUUUCUUUGUAGCACUUUAUUCAAACUAAAGCACUAGGACUUUCACGAUUAUGCCGGCAAUCUUUUUGUCAUUGGUAACAAAAUUAUCUCUUGUCUGAUUAGUUCAUCACUUGACCUGAUCAGUCAUUCAUUUGUUUUCUGUAUUGUCACUCUUCUGCAUUGAAAUCAUCUGUCUCUUAUAUAGUUCUUUUACAUCUUUUGAACAAAUAUCAACUCUUGUUGUCUGUUGGCGAGCAGUAGUUUGAGUCAGUCUUGUCAUACAUAUUAUCCUCAGAACAGUCAUGCGAGUCAAAAUACGAGUUCAGUAGGGAAGUCGGUGAUGUAUUAUUACUUUUUUCUUAAACCACAGAGAUACUUCAUUUAUUUUUAUUUUUUUUUCUUUCACAGAUUUUCAGAAUAGGGUUUUACAUUCGGUAAUGGUAUAGUUGUCUUAAUUUGGGUGAUAAGAGGACGUGUCAGUCAUAUGCAUCAUGAAGAUGUGAGCAUUGAGGGCGUUCGAAUGUCAGGUGUUACCAUUUGCCUCUGUAUUCUGGACUUUAAAACAUUGGUCAUGUGCGUUACAGAAAUACAAUAAAUCAUGAUAAAGUUA